CUGCUAAAACAGUGAGCCUGACGGGAUGGGGGAACGUGUGAACAAGUGUCCUUCCAGAAAGGAGCGGGAAAAGAGAAACGCAGCGCUGAUUUAACUCCACCUGCUUUAUAUCGCUAUCGUUGCCUCUCUGGUGCAUUAAAGCAAAAACAAACCACAACUCGUGUGCCCGGCGUGCGUGUGGCCCGGAUUCCUUUGCCAAGCGCCAAGGCCGAGCUGCUUCGUAUACUUAACAUGGCAUCAAAACUUCAUCAAAAAGCUUUUUCUCAGUGUGAGAAGAUGUUUGUGGUGCUGGGCAGCCCUUUGGGAAAAAUUGAGAUAUCUGGAUGCAAGCUGGGGGUCCAUGAAAUCCACCUGGAGCGAAAUGCUGUGCUACAAAAUGGAUUCUGCUUUCCACAAGAUAAGCCACCUGGUUGGUUGUACGGGAACGUGAGAUGUCCUGUUGUAGUUCUGGUUAUUAUCGUUGGAUUAGUUCACCAGCAGCAGGUCUCGUACAUGCAACUCCCUGCAGGUGCAUCUGUGUCUUGUGAAGUAUGUGAAGCCUCAGAGGAAACAGCGGAGCCGCUGAAACAGUGUGUGGCUUGGUUUCAGGCCUAUUUCUGUGAACCCUGGAUGAUAGAGAAGCUUCCGGUGCCCCCUUUUCACCACCCGCUGCUGGAGAACGCUUCAUUCACCAGAGAAGUGUUGUGGACCCUGUUGAGAGAUGUGAAAUUUGGAGAGGCAGUUUCUUACAAGCAAUUAGCGGACCUGGCAGGCAACAGCAAGGCAGCCAGAGCUGUGGGAGGAGCAAUGAGAAGCAAUCCUGUCCCUAUUAUAAUACCGUGCCACAGAGUGAUUUGCAGCGGUGGACAGACUGGCAACUACACAGGAGGAAGUCAUCUGAAAGAGUGGCUUUUGUCACAUGAGAAGCUUCAGAAGGAAAAGUUAGCAUAUUGAUGCAGUUCAGGCACAGCUGUUAUUCAGCCAAAACACAUAACCAAAGAUACUUGGCUUAUAACAAGCUUUCAGAACACACAGUAGAAUUCAGGAAAAUGGUAAAUAUUUGAGUGACAUAUAAAUAUAAUACAACAUCCGAAGCGAAAUGUGUGGUGGCACUACUAUAUUAAAAAAGCUGAAUAUGUCCUAAGGGAUACAGCUUGUAUGGCCUUUCUUGUUUUUACAUUUUACAGCAGAAUGAGUACAGCGGACUGUGCCUGUUGUGCAUGUAUUUUGUUCCCAUCUCUAGUGCUGUUUUGUUCUAUUUUUAAUGUCCAUUAAAGCAAGGAUAAGGGAGUGGGAGGGGCAUGGCAAAUGUUAGAUGCAACUGCCCCUCUAAGGAAGCAUCUGGCUCGCAGAGGGGACAGCCGGGAAUCCACAGCCUUCGCGUGUAUUCGGAGAGCCAAAUUAAAUGCAUAAGCUUCAACACACACCUCCCCCUGUUCCUGCCUGGAUUUGUAUUUGUCCAAAUUGAAAAGCUUGUACCUCUGCCAGGCUUGGUGCCCAAGAUUCUCCUGUUUUCUUUGAUGUUUGAACUGUUGAAAUGAUGUUUUACGUAAACAGUUGUUAAUGAAACGCACUGAAAACCCAUUCAAAAGGAAACGGCUAUUGAAUUGCCUAUUCACAGCUUUUCUUUUCAGAUCAUUGUAGAUGGCUUAAAAAGAUAUGAAUAAAAAUAUUUUGUCUCCAUUAGCAUUGCUUAAUGUAGGCAGAGAAAACAGAUGCUGAAAAGCAGUUUAAUGACAAAACAAAUAUUUUUAUAAAAAUUAUGCUGCUGUGUUAGUUACCUUUUGCCAUAAUUUAGAAGUAUAUUUUUUAAAAAAAUAUUUCUGAUCAACAGCGCUUCUGGUUUUUUUCUUAGCAUUUGCUUUUUUAAAAAAUUUUCACAUAGGUUAUACAGUACUCGGGAUUAUAAAAAGCAAGAGCUAUGCAUUAUAUUAAACAUAGAAUGCUAUCCAGAAAAAAUAUAGUCAGCCAAAGGACACUGAAACUAAACUUUCUGGUUAUUUAAAAAGAACUCAAUGUAAGUAAAAUAUUACAAACCACCAGAAACUCAAAUUUUCAUUGAGGGAAUCAUAAAUAGUAACACAGUAAUACUGAUUUUUAUAUUUUUAUCACAUUCUUAUAUAUAUAUAUGUUGCUUUAGAAGGCUGAUUGCUAACAAAAAUUAUUGUGUUAGGUUACUCCAUUAAUGUUGUGUUACUGAGAUGUUAGAAUUACUUUAUUAAAACCUGUUCUGCA